CUGAAAAUUACCAAAUUAGCAUUGAAGAAGAUUAAGUAGUUCUUAACCAUGUAGUCAGAGAGCAUUUCUUUUAGCCUUCCAACUCUGGAAUAAAGCACAAUUGCAAGUAGCUGUGACAAAGAAAGAUUCUUCACCCUGAGAAGAAACAGCUCCUUCAAGACUUUGAAUUGUCACCAUGAGCAACCUUGGAAAGCCAAUGGCUCCACCUUCCACCAUCCUGACCGAGCAGCCCAAAAGAAAAAGGGGGCGGCCAAGGAAGCAGCCACAGGAUCCAACUGGACCUCUGCCCCCAAAGAAACCGCGUGGGCGGCCAAAGGGAAGCAAGAAGAGGAGUGCUGGUUGUGGACAGGUGGGGCACAUCUCUACUGCAAAAAAGCCCAGGGGAAGGCCACGAAAGUGGCUUUUUGUCCCUGAGGAAGAAUAUCACAAAACUGAAGUCCAAGGGGAAAGCAAUCCAGGUUUUAACACAUGCCCUGCCACAGAAGGGACAUCUACAAAAGGCUGUUACAUGAAGAAGGGAGCCACAGCAUUCAGGAGAACAUUGAAUGAACAACAGUCUCCUUGUUGAUGUGUCACUAGAGCAAAAUGAAUU